GGGAGGGGUUAGGUUUGGUCCAGACAGUCGCUCCUUGUGUACCUCACACACUCGCAGCCUCUCUUGCAGCAUCAUAUAAGGGGAUCCCGGUUCUGUCGCUUUUUCCUCACAGCCUGGCUGCUGCUGCUGCUACAUCAUAAUAAACCGCUUCAACGGGACUUUUUUCUAUUCUAUUUUUUCUGAAGCCAACCGUUCAACUCAAAACCCGACUUGCAACCACCACCACCACCGUUACAUGGAAGAUCCAGCUCCGCCAGGCGCAUUUCUUCUCUCGUACCGGAGAGGGAGCGCACGGUGUGGCGGCGGUGGAGGAGAGGAAAACAGCAGUGAUUCAUGGACGCGCAGCGCAUCAUGAGAUAUACAACUACCAACAAGGGAGGACCUGGCAUGGACCGCUGUGUCUAAAUGAAGUGGUUCAGCCAUGCAAUGUUCCUGGAAGGCAGUGAUUCUACUGGCCUUGGCCUCCAUUGCCAUCCAGUACACGGCCAUCCGGACACUCACCUCCAAGCCUUUCCAGCUGUGCCCGUUGCCCAGCCCCCAGAACUGUGGUCUGGGGGGCCAGGAGACAGAGCCUCCCUUUGAGCGAGGAGCAGCAGGCGGUGGAGGCUGCGACGACUACCCUUACUUCUCCAUCAAUGCCACACGCAAACUGCACAUCCUGGUCCUGGCCACCACCCGCAGCGGCUCCUCGUUUGUCGGCCAGCUGCUCAACCAGCACCAGGAGGUGUUCUACCUGUUCGAGCCUCUCUAUCAUGUUCAGGCCACGCUGAUUCCGCGUCUGUCGCACAGCCGCAAUCCCGCGGACCGGCGCGUGAUGCUGGGCGCCAGUCGGGACCUCCUGCGUAGCCUGUACGGCUGCGACCUCUAUUUCCUGGAGAGCUACAUCAAACCGACGCCCACGAACCACACCACGGAUAAACUGUUCCGUCGCGGCGCCAGCCGAGCGAUGUGCCAGCAGCCCGUAUGCGAUGCCUUUGGUCCCACCGAUGUGAAUGUCGAAGAAGGGGACUGCGUUAAGAAAUGCGCAUCUCUGAAUAUGACCUCAGCAACGGAGGCGUGCCGCGAGAAGCGACAUGUGGCGAUCAAAAUUGUCCGGGUGCCGGAGAUUGGAGAUCUACGCGCUUUGGUGGAAGACCCGCGGAUGAAUAUCAAAGUGAUUCAGCUGGUCAGAGACCCGCGAGGCAUCCUGUCAUCACGGAUCGAGACAUUCAGGGAUACGUAUCGUCUGUGGCGUAUUUGGAGGGCCACGGGGCGAAGGCCCUAUAAUCUAGACUUGAGUCAGCUCACUGUUGUCUGUGAAGACUUUCUCAGUUCUGUUUCUACUGGUCUCAGUCAUCCCUAUUGGCUGAAAGGGAAAUACAUCUUGGUUCGCUAUGAGGAUUUGGCCAGAAACCCGCUUCUCAAGACAAAGGAGAUCUACGACUUCCUGGGGCUGACUAUGGAUAAAACCGUGGAAGACUGGAUAUAUGCAAACACUCGGGGCAGCAGUGACCCCUCAGCGAAACACAAGUAUGGUACAGUGAGGGACUCGGCAGCUAACGCAGAGAGCUGGCGUUUGAAACUGUCUUAUGACAUGGUAGAGUACACACAGACUGUGUGUCAAAAAGUGUUUCACCAGCUGGGAUACAAGGCUGUGAAAUCAGUAGAGGAACUGAAAAACAUGUCCCUCUCACUCGUACAGGACAAAACUUUUGUACCGUUUUUGUAACAAAGAUAGUUCUCUAAUGACUAUUUUUGAUAUAUUUAUAAUUGUUGCCUUAUAAUUUCCUUGGUGUCGGUUUUGUUUCUGUAAUUUUGUUUCUUCAACUUUGCACUAAACUUUAAAGAUUUUGAAUGCACCGAGGGAACUAUGGAUUAUUCCCCAUUGAUACAGAACAGCACACUUUAAACACAAAGUAAUCAAACGAGCUAGUUUACAAAUGAUUUUGUUUUCCCAUGAAAUACAGGAAUCAUUAAUUUCCUGUAUGCAAGUUGUUGUUUCAACAAAAGUCAAAUGUUGCCCUUCAAAAACAUGGGAUGGGACGGGAGACGUGUUUAUUUUAGACCGUGUGAUGGCAAAUUUGGACUGUACGAGCCCUACUGUGCAAUAAAUAGUGAAUGUCGCAGUCAACCUUUACCACUAUGGCAUUUGUAUCCAUGUGGGAAGAGAGGAGAUACUUCCGACAGAUGCCUCGCUUGCAACGGAUAAUUGCAGACAAUUAAUAGGCUCUCAAGUUAAAGGGACAGAAUCCCACUGGAGGUCACUUGUGUUUCAUCAGAGGAUUUACAACCAUCUGUGACAGACAAACACACACUAAUGAGAGAUAAUGUCAAAAAUCUUCAUUACCGUAGGUACUUGGAGAAUACAUCACAUCUUUCAAGAUGAUUACAGCAUUAAAAAAAAACACGGAUGUAGACACUAUAUAGGUGUCAAGCAGACACUGAAGCAUUCUGAUGAAGAAAAGCAUUUGUCAGUUUUAUGUUUUUAAUUUGUAGAGUCCAUUUAUUCUAAAUCAUUUACGGUGUAAAAUAGGCUUUUUUUUCACAGAAGACAUUUUGACAUGUCACAGUAAAAGCACAGGUGUAAAUAAUGAAAUUAUCGAUGGCUGAAUUCCAUUCAGCUGUUUUGAUUUGAGGGUCGUGGUAUCGUGCAUGCUGGCUCACUCUCACUGCAACACUCGGAUAGAACAGAGCCAUCGUUAGUGUUAUUACUAGUAUUAUUAGUAACGUGCUUUUCCUACCAUGACAAGUCAAACUGUCUGCUGCGAGAAAGGCCUACCGACAUGGCCUUUUCUUUUUUAUAAUAUUUUUCUUUAAGAAAAAGAACAUUAUUCACAGAUAUCAUAGAGCAUUUUCACUUUCUCCCACCCCCAACCACUGCCUAGAUAAAAUAACAUAUAAUGGCAUAUAUACACAGGGAAUGAUGGUUAAAAAUUUAGUAAUGAGAUAAAAAAAAUAAUUAUAAUAAAUAAAUAAAUACAAAAUAAAUAAGUAAAAAACAAUGUAUACAAAAUUCAUAAAAGAAAACAUACAUACAAAUUAAUUAAUUGACCAUUUCACAUAGGAAAAGAUACAUAUACAUGCUUUGAAAUAUAAACAGAUUUGUGGGUGUUCAAGUAUAUUGGCUUAUUUACCAUCAGUUAACACUACAUUCUAGUGUGUAGAGCGCUCAAUCACGAGCGGUUCCUGCGGUGAGCUAAUCAUGACGAAUCAAAUUACAGUGCCUGCCUAAUUUUGGGGAAGGGUCUUAAGCCUUUCAAAAUAAGACACCGAAGGGUCCCAUGUUGACGUGGCCUUUUUUGUCUUCAAAUUAAACAUGUUUAUGCUACUGUCAUCCAUUGAUGGUAAGACAUUAACUCAUCGGUUAAGGCUUUUACACACCGGGGGGGGGGAUUUCGCUUUCAGCGGAAUUAAUUCAGAUCUUAUCUUUCACAAUAAAAGCUACCUAGACAUACACUUGCAUAACUGUUUACCAGAGACAAACUCACUCAGAGUGUUUUGCUAAAUAGCUUACCGUAGUUUAGGCUAUACAACAAUUUACCUCAGACAGAGUGCCAGACAGUGCUCUGGGUCAAUAUGAUCCUGGUGGUUGGUCCUCUGCCUGCGCAAAUCCAUUUGAAUCUGUAGUUGAAAAAGUGUUGCAACUGUCGCAAAUUUGCAUCACUGCCGGUAUGAUUUUAUCUUAUCACUGCAGCUGGAUUCUCAGGACACGAGAAUCGCGAGAUAACAUAUCACAUGAAAAUCCAUCUUCUCAGGCUUCAAGUAUGUUUGUGUGAUGUUUUUUGCUCUUCUCCUGACUGGCUUUGGCAAGAGUUUGAUUGACAGAUUGUUCAUCCAAUCAUUUUCCAAUGACAGCUUCUCUGAUUGAUGAUUCUGUGCAACAAAACCAUACGGUGGGUCAGGUUAGAUAUGAAUAGAUUUGUUGCGAAGUAUUCGCAGGGGAGUAUUUCGCAUUUCCGUGCCGUUUAUUCGUCACGUUCCCCGGAGUGUAAAGGCCAUUAAACAGUAAAGGAUUUCCUUGUUUUCAUGUCACCUGAUAAGCAGAGGAAGGUAUGAAAACAGAAAACAUCCCGGAAUAAAAAUAGCGUAUGCAUUCUCUCUCAAGUCCAUCUCUUUAAACAAUUCACAUUGGAUCUAUGUUUAUCCUCCACAUGAAAGAUUCAUAAGUGAGGAAGAUAUGUCUUUGUAGAAUAGAUUGCACUGCAGAUUCCCAUUUUUUUUUUUCCCAGGAUGGGUGGAUAGCUUACACUGUACACGCAACCACAUUCACAAACUACACCCACAUUAGAUCACAUAUAAAAAGAGCAUUACAGUAAUGAUGAUGUCCAUAAUCUGGGACAAAUCCUCUGAUCAUUAUAGAAGCAGUUGGCCUGCUGUUUCAACCAGACCAUGUUAAAGGGUAGAAGGUCACAGCUGAAUAUAUAGAACACCACAGUCACGUAAAGUAAUGUCCUUUUUUUUUUUUUUCUACUCCUUAAAAUAAUGCUGAGCACACUGGACAGAUGCCAAAGUACUGAACACGAUGUUACUUAUUUUGAUUUAUUUCUGUACAAAAGCAGGCUUUUGAUUUUUUAAACCAAUUUACAUAACAUUCCUGAACUCAAGCACAAAAUAAAAUUGAAAUAAUUUGCCAAUAUCUGCUGUAAAAUUAAUCACAUUUUAAGCUGUUUGAUAUUGCUGGACUCUCGGACCAUUAUUGCUGCAAAAAGUAGAUUAUGGAUUUGAGACCUGGAACAAGCAGCAAAUGUUCUGGUAAACAUCCCCGCAGGUGGUUUAUGUAUUCGACGGCGUGUUUACCUGCUUAUGCAGUGGUUAGUUUGGCAAACUGUCUUGCCAGUUCGUGUGCGGAAUACGUGAUCAUUUCACGCCAUGCGCUGCUUUUCUAAAUGUCUUUCUGUUACUGUAGCAGCUUAAAUUGAAUGUCGGUUUACAUUAUGUUGCACAGAAAACUGUCAAGGGGGUGUGUGCACAACGCACAGCUGCACCUACAAAAUGCAGAGUAAACACCUUUCAGAGUGAUAUUGGUAAACACACUGCAGAUGACCAUAUUGGCUCAGAGAAACGCCACAGAGAAAAACAGGGGCAGCUUCUCAAAGAUAGCAGGGGGUUAAUUGUUAUUAUUAUUAUUAAUUGCCACUUUAUUACAGAAAAUUACAAAAGGUAUAAACUAAUGUAUUUGACACAAAAAUUAUUUUUCAGAUCCGCCAUGAUGUCACAAAACAAGUUAAAAUGCAUUAAGUGAAAUUGUAGUAAUAAUAUGCUAAAUGUGCAGGUAUACCCCGGUCAAAGUAAUGUCUGUCCUGAACACUGAUCUUUUUUUUUGUCAGUUUUGCUUUUUACAAUCCUGACUUUGAAUUUUUGAUUUCAACGGAUGGCAUCACUGCAAAUGACUGUGCGGUCAAACAACACGGGUGCAGAGACGCCCAUUGAUUCCCAUGCAAUGACCACUUGUUUACCCAUAAGAUAUAAACCCUGUGAAUGGAGCAUCACACACCCGGGCUCAUCAGUAUUGGUGACCGGAUGUCCAUUGAGAUGCAGAGCACAAACCUUUGAUCCUCCUCUGUGCCGAAGCUGGAGGCAAACUCUCCCCCUCUCUCUCUCUCUCUCUCUCUCUCUCUCUCUCUCUCUCUCUCUCUCUCUGCCUGUGCUUUCUCCAUCAUCCACCUCUUUCUUUCUUACUGAGAUCUCAGGGGAUUGUCCCUUUGCUUCAGUGCUCACUCUCUGUUUUUCACUUUACCUCGGAAUCUUUUGGAUGUGCUCGGCAUACUUUUAAUUUUUUUCUAAACUGGAAAAAUGCUGCAAAGCUGGGCGUGUGUACAUGCAUAUGAUGUCUUUGAGCAAUUAAAGGAGUAGUUUGACAUUUCGGGACAUAUGUGCUUCCUGUCGGAGAGUUAGAUGAGAGGAUUGAUACUAUUUUGUGCGUUAAAAUAUGAAGCUACAACUAGCAGCUGGUUAUCUUGGGGCAGUGGUGGCCUAAAGGUUAGAGAAGCCAGUUGGUCGCCGGUUCAAUCCCCCGGAACCGGCAGGAUAAAUUUGGGUGGGGGAAAGUGAAAGAGCGGUGCUUGCCCCUGCCUCAUUACCACCACUGAAGUGCCCUUGAGCAAGGCCCUUAACCUCCAACUGCUCCAGUGGAGCUGCUCAGUGUCCAGCAAGAUCAGACUGUGGUUUUACUGGGCAGCUUCCAGGUGUGAAUGUGUAACUUGUGUGAAUGUGAUCAGGGCUUUCUAGAAAAAGAGAGCAUUGCUCUCAGUGACUCUCCCCCUGAAUAAAUAAAGGUACAAAUCUUAGCUCAGCACAAAGAGUGGAAACAGGUUGAAACAGCUUGUCUGACUCCGUCUGGCGGUAACAAAAUCCACCUACCAGCACUUCUAAAGCUCGCUAAUUAACAAUGACUAGGUUUGCAUACACAAAAUAUCCAGUUUUUUUGCCCUUAUAGGUAACAAGUGCAAGAGUAAAACAUCUACUGACUGGAAUGGAAUCGAUAUGACACUAGUCAAGAAAGUCAUUGGCGGCAUUGUAACCCCACUAACCUACAUCUGUAACUUAUCAUUCACAAUGGCAUUAAUGGAGCUAAAUUACCAGUUGUAUUGAUCACAAGGAGUAUGCAGUAGGAGUAUUUAUAGAUUUAAAAAAAGUGCCACAGGGGUCGGUAUUGGGUCCAAAACUGUUUAUUUUGUAUAUAAAUGACAUAUGUAGGGUAUCAAGGACACUGGAUUUUGUUUUACUUGCGGAUGACGAUAAUAUUUUUUGUUCUGGGGAAAAUCUGCAUUAGCUUUUGGAGGUGGCCACAACAGAAAUGAGAAAGUUUGACAGACACAAAACUAAAUUUAUGUUAUUUGGAAACCGAAAAAUGGACAUACAAGUACAAAUAACGAUAGAUGAUGUUAAUAUUGAAAGAGUAUAUGAAAAUACAUUUCUGGGUGUGAUACUGAACCACAAAAUCUGCUGGAAACGUCAAAGCUGGCAAAGAGCGUAGCAGUUUUAGGGAAAACAAGACACAUACUGGACCAUAAGUCACUGCACAUUCUGUAUUCUUCACUUACAUCACCAUUGGGGUAACACUUAUAAAAGCAACUUACAACCAUUAUGCAUACUACAAAAGAGAGCAAUCAGGAUAGUAAAUAAUGUGGGAUAUAGGGAACACACUGUUCUUAAAGUCACAUGCAUUGGAAUUCAUGGAUUUGGUCAAAUUUAAAAACCGCAAUAAUUAUGUUCAGAGCAAGACAUAGUUCACUUCCGGGCAAUAUUC